UUCAUUGUAGCAGAAUUGCAGUGCACUGGACUGUACAGAACAGUGUAGCAUACACUGUCUAUGAGGGGUGGGGUUCAGCUACACUAAAAUCACAAACACAGGCAGAUAGAGGGUGAGAGAGCGAGAGGGAGAGAAGAGGAGGGAGAGAAAGCACCUGAAGAGGAAUACAACAAGGGAUGAAAGGAGACACCCCAGUGAACAGCACCAUGAGUGUCGGCCAAGCCAGGAAGCUGGUGGAGCAAUUGAAGAUUGAAGCCAGUUUCUGCAGGAUCAAGGUAUCAAAGGCAGCUGCAGACCUGAUGGCAUACUGUGAUGCCCACGCUAUUGAGGACCCCCUCAUCACCCCUGUGCCCACCUCGGAGAACCCAUUCAGGGAGAAGAAGUUCUUCUGUGCACUCCUUUGAGACAAACCACAGGAUGGUUGGGAAAAAUACUGUCCAGAUAGAACAUAACGUGCACUGAGUAUACCAAACAUUAGGAACAUCUUCCUAAUAUUGAGUUGCACGCACCCACCCCCUGCACUCAGAACAGCCUUAAUUCGUCAGGGCAUGGACUCUACAAGGUGUUGAAAGCAUUCUCCACAGAUGCUGGCCCAUGUUGACUACAAUGCUUUCCAGAGUUGUGUCAAGUUGGUUUGAUGUCCUUCGGAUAGUGGACCACUCUUAAUACACACGCGAAACUGUUGAGCGUGAAAAACCCAACAGCAUUGCAGUUCUUGACAAACUGGUGUGCAUGACACCUACUACCAUAUCCAGUUCAAAGGCACUUUUUGUCUUGCCCUUUGACCUUCUAAAUGGCAUACAUACACAAUCUAUGUCUCAAUUAUCUCUUUAACCGGUCUCGUCCCCUUCAUCUACACACGGAUUUAACAAGUGACAUCAACAUGGGAUCAUAGCUUUCACCUGGUCAAGUCUGUCAUGGAAAGAGCAGGUGUUCUUAAUGUUUUGUAUACUCAGUGUAUGUACAUGCAUUCACCACAUACACAAAGCUAAAUAUAACUUAUUCAUGUAGCCUGCUUUAUCUUAUGAAAGGCUGCAGAUGUACAUAUCCUCCUAAGUAAAAUCAAGACUAAUUCAACCAAAAUGUACAUUUAGAUCUACAUACACCAUUAAAACAUAUUUGGAGUUAUGCGUAUACAUACCUAAAACACAUCGAAGCUUAUAGAAUCAUGAACUGUAGCACAACAUAAAAGUGGAUAUACAUACAAUAUGUAAAACAGCUCAUAGUCCUAGCUCAUUUUUCAAAUAGAUGGAGGGGUGACAACUACACAUAAAUUGUAAUUAUUUUAAUACACACUAGUCAUUGCCUAAUCUGAGUUUGUUAAAAAAUAAAAUGUGUGUGAUGUCUUGAAAGUCCUGUAUGUCACUUUAAGCUGUUGCAGAAAUGUGCGUGAGGUGUAAGCGCCACUGUGGACCAGUAGGACAGUAUGAGGACAAGUCAAUACACACUAAUCCAAAUAAUUCCACUGGCGCUGUAUGUACAAGAGGUGGUCAGCCACCUUAAGAUCAGCGGUCUAUAAUGACGGGUUUCCAAAUACAAUGAUCAAUGUUGUUUUGAUAAAUAAGUAGUUUAAUUUUGUCAGGUGGAUGUCUAAGGCUAUAUGACAUUAACAAAAAUAAGCAGUACAUUUAAUAAAUACAUAACAGCAAUUUG